UUUUCCUGUCAAGAUGGCGGAUAAUCUCCCAUCGGAGUUUGAUGUGAUCGCAAUAGGGACGGGUUUGCCUGAAUCCAUCAUUGCAGCUGCAUGUUCAAGAAGUGGCCAGAGGGUUCUGCAUGUUGAUUCAAGAAGCUACUAUGGAGGAAAUUGGGCCAGUUUUAGCUUUUCGGGACUGCUUUCCUGGCUAAAGGAAUACCAGGAAAACAGUGACAUCAUGAAUGAAAGCCUGGCAUGGCAAGAGCAAAUCCUUGAAAAUGAAGAAGCCAUUGCUCUUAGCAGAAAGGAUAGAACCAUUCAACAUGUGGAAGUGUUUUGUUAUGUCAGGAUGUGUGCUGUGUUUGGUGGAAUCUAUUGUCUUCGCCAUUCAAUACAGUGCCUUGUUGUGGAUAAAGAAUCUGGAAAAUGUAAAGCAAUCAUAGAUCAAUUUGGUCAGAGAAUAAUCGCUAAGCAUUUCCUUGUGGAAGACAGUUACUUUUCUGAGAACACAUGCUCACAUGUGCAAUACAGGCAGAUCUCCAGGGCGAUCCUGAUUACAGAUAGAUCUGUACUAAAAGCAGAUUCUGAUCAGCAGAUUUCCAUUUUGACAGUACCAGCAGAGGAACCAGGGAUGUUUCCUGUUCGGGUCAUUGAGUUAUGCUCUUCAACAAUGACAUGCAUGAAAGGCACUUAUUUGGUUCAUUUGACUUGUACGUCUUCUAAAACAGCAAGAAAAGAUUUAGAACCAGUUGUGCAGAAAUUGUUUAUUCCUUAUACUGAAAUGGAAAUAGAAAACAAAGAAGUUGAAAAGCCAAGGCUUCUGUGGGCUCUUUACUUCAAUAUGAGAGAUUCUUCAGCCGUCAGCAGGAACUCUUACAGUGAUUUACCACCCAAUGUUUACGUCUGCUCUGGUCCAGACUGUGGUUUAGGAAAUGACAAUGCAGUCAAACAGGCUGAAAUGCUUUUCCAGCAAAUCUGUCCCAAUGAAGACUUCUGUCCACCCCCACCAAAUCCUGAAGACAUUAUUCUUGAUGGAGACAGUUUACAUCCAGAAGCUUCAGAAUUUAGUGCCAUACCAGAGGCUAGCCCGGAGCCUCCUAAGGAAAGUGCAAAUCUAGAAAACCCAGAAGAGCCUUCAGAAUAAUGGAUAUGCACCAAAUUGGACACCCCACUUUGGAAAUUCCUCCUAGUUUCAUACUCUUCUUGAAGGAAGAACUUUUUGAAAAUUAUUAGAAAGCAAUAGCCAGUUGACAUGCGAAAUUACUGAGAGAAAAAAUAUCAUAGAAAUCCAAAAGGGGAUUUUUAUUUAAGAGGACAUUCUAAGAACACAAAUACUUGUAAAGCACAUUAACUUGUCUGCUUUAAGAUACCAAACCUGUGGAAUUAGCAGAUAAAAAUUAUAAAUGAAUUGAUUCCCAGUAAUGUAGCUAGAUAUGAAAGUGAAAUCAUUUUCAUAUGAAUUCGUGUAUAAAAUCAUUUUCAUAUCUAGCAUUGAUAUGAAAUCAUAUACAUUUUAUAAUAUUCUGUGGGUUUAAGACUUUUGCUUGCUACUUUGGAUCUUGAAAGCCACACCUUCAGACUUGAUUCACAUAAUUCCUUUGAUCAUUUGAAUUAUAUUUUCUUUGUAGGUAGCAGCAUAAUGACAAAUGAUAAAAAGCAUACAUAAAUGUAGUUGAGAAAAUAGACUAAAGUAUUGUUAUCCAUACAGAAUCUAUGUUUGGAAUAGAGGUUUGUUUUCUAUCUUGAGAAGUAUUGAAAAUAAUCCUAUUGAAGUGUCUAGACAAUUCUAUAACAAAUCAUGAAUCCAUUCAGUUUUUUUGUAAGUUAGUAGUAAUAUUUGUAUGUCAAUUAUUUACAUACUAGGAAAGCUCAAUAAUGAAGAAAUGUAAGAAUGGAAAAAUUUGCAUAGCCUCGUCUGUAUUUGGCAGUUCUGUCUAGUCAAGUAAUCCAAGCACUAGCUUAAUUGUGUAUGGACCUUAUUGAGUCCUGGCUAUGCUGCUGAUAUCAAACUAGUUGUUUAGCUUUUGGGCCUCAGUUUUUCCAUAUGUAAGAUGGAAAUAGGAAUAUCUUGCCUACUGUAUGAGAUUGAUUUUGAAGAUAAAUGCAGUGCCAUCCUCAGUGUUUUUUCUCAAGAAAAGUUUCAGAAUUUUGCCAUUGACUUGGGAAUGAAUAUCAAAAAUCUCACACAACAAAUAAUGUUCCAUAACUCCCCCAACUAAACAUAUCACAUUGUUUUUAUCAUAUAAUGCUUUUAAAAUGAAAACAUGUUUCCUAAAUUAUUUUUUAUAGUCUUAAAGAUCAGUAAACAUAGAAUUAUGGAAUUAUAGUUUUGAAAUCUUAAUAGAGAAAACACAAUGAAUCUUCAUAUUCCUUUUCAGGAAGGUAAAACUCAAACCACCAAGGACUGAUAUGACAUUUGGUAAGCCCUAAUAUGGAGUUAACAUUAAAAUGUUAGGGCUUUACAUAGGCAGCAAAUUUAAAGCAGUGACAGUGCCUAUAUUAAAAUUUUUCCAAAUGCUGUGCUCUCUUGGUUUAUCAUUUUCAACAACCUUAUGAACUUACUUCAAUAAAUAAAUAUAUUAAAAGUGUAUUAAUCAUGCAGUAUGGCCUAUGUUUCAGAUCAGUAGAAAGCACAUAAUUCUUACACAUUUCAGCCGCAUCUGGAAUCUGACCUACAGGUUUCCAAAAAGAUCUGAAAGGAAGCUAGCUCUAUCAACUCACACACUCAUGGGGAAAUGGAAAGAAUGAAGGAAUGUUGUGCUUGCUUCACCUUUCCACAUCCCUACUGAUAUUGCUGAAACUAGAUUUAAAAAAAAAAAAAAAAAACACCUUUCCGGGCUUUCAAGCUACUACUAACCCUUCCACCUAUUGUACAGUCCCUACCCUAUCUCUUUAGUCCUCUCUCCCUCUUUUCACCUUUUUAAAUAAUGUACAAAUCAGGGACAAUAGAAUCACAUUAUAAUCUACUUUGUUAAAUGAAUUCUUAAGUCAAAUUAUGCUUCCUAAAACUCAACUAUGGCAAUGCUAAAUGCACAAGACUUACAUAUAAGCACUGGGGAUUGGCCCUGCCUCUCAAUACCAGCAGUGUAAAAGUUUUCCCUAUAUGAGAGUUUUUAGACUGAAUAAAAUUGCAGGAAGUUGCACCAAUUAAGAUCUUGUACUUUGUUUAUAGUCUUAGAGUUAAUACCACUUGAAUGCAGCAUGCAUAUUUAUGUGAACAGCCAAUCAGAGUAACCCCAGAAUAAAACUAGAAAAAUUCUGAUAGCCUUACUGGAACUAUCUAUAUGUAGAACAAUGAAGAGGAAAUAUAUGUGGUCUGAUGGCCCAGUUCAUAAUAUACCCUAUUUAAUCCAUUAGCCUAUGUCAGAAUCUCUUUCAGGUUAUUAAGUAUUGUUCAAAUGUGUAAAAGCUCCUAAAUAUGAUAAGUGAUGAUUAAGAUAUUACACAACUGUUAAAACUUUGUGUUAGAUAACUAGCUAUUUCCUAUUGUCUCAGAAUAUAAUAGAAAUUAUUCUAAGAACUUUCUUUUCUGCUAUCAUAAUUAUCACAAAUAGUUUUUCUUAGUUUUAUGUCAAAAGAAAAAUCUUUCAGUUUUGUUUUAAAACUAUGGGCCCAUGGUCUUAUGAAUAAAGUUAAUAUGUUGUACAUGAUGCAGAGAUUUCUGUAGCUAAUUUAAAAUUUUGAAAAUUGAUAUUAUCAAAGAAUUUUAUUUCAUGUAUUUAAAAUGUUUAGUUAUGUAUGCUUCUAAUUAACCAAAAAUGGUAACACCAUUGAGUUUAGUAAACAAUAUGAAAACCAGUUACUAACCAUAUGUUGCUACUAUAUUUUUUUCUAGCUGGUGUGCCUCCCCACCUCCCCCAAAAAAUUCACACGUACAAAUACUUCCAUAGGUCAACAGAGUUAAAGAAAUUCCCCACCUUUUAUGAUAUUUAGUUGCUCAUAGUAAACUGGCCACAUUAAUGGUUAACUUCUAGAACAGUAGUUUCUGAGAUUAGCAGACCAUUGUCUAAAAUAAUGACCAUGCUAAUGGUUAACUUCUGUGGCAACCAUAAUUUCUGGGAAGGCAGCCCUUUGUCUAAAGUUCUAAUGACCUCAAAAAAAUUGUUGAAACUUGAUUCCUAAAUAGUAGUCACCCUUUAAAACAGGAAUUAAAUAAUAUUCUUAUAAAUAAGUUAUU